AAAAAUCCAGAAGAUAUUUUGGAUUUUCAGUAUGUGAAAAAUUCUAAAGAUGAUGCCGAGUUCGAUAGAAUUAGUCGACAACCAUUUGAUCUAUCCACAAGAGGGUGUCUCCGUUUUAUCUUCGCCAGUGAACCAGCUGCCAGGACCAGGUUUGUUUUUCAACACGUUGGCGUUGAUUUCUAUACAAUGGGAUUAAUUCUUAAAGAUCUCAGAAAUAUUGGACCUGCGCUUGGCUAUGGUGUGAAUCUCCCCCCCUCACCAAGCGAACAAACGGGACGAGCAGCUUUAUAUGUGGAGGCAGCCAUGAAACCGAUGGAGAAUGAAAUGAAGCAGUUUUGGCAGUCCAAAGUCAAAGCAGGUGUACCUGAUAUAACAUUGAACAAAUACCCAAGAAACGACAUGAUGAAGGGAGACAUUCGACCUAUUAUAUGUACUCUACCAAACGACACGUCAAAUGCUAUUUUGAAAUUAGCACCACAUCUGAAAACAACAGUCUUUAAGUUGUUCACAUCCAUAUAUCAAAUGUAUUUUCACUUUAUGACAGGCCAUGAAAAGGUGGUAAUAUCUGCUCCGCUUGAUUUGAGGAUCCACUUGCCACCCGAAACUCAGUCUUUUUAUGAAAAUAUGAUGUCAGCGGUGCCAUUGUUUACCAUGUUUAACAACCCACACCAAACAGCCGAGGAAUUCAUUAGAACCAACACCAUUAAUAUAAGCCAGAGUCUUGCCCACGGUCUGUAUUCAGUUGUACUUAUACGAGAAUUGUUAGAGAACAAAGAAGAAGGAAAAUGGCUGACUAGACAUAGUGUUGUUGAAGAAGAUAUGUCCACUAUAAACGAUUUACAGAAGAAAAGUAAACAAGAUAAUGUUGUGCAUCCUACUCUUGGAUUUACAUAUGAAACUCGUCUAAUGGUUUGGAUAGAUAAAAGAACUUCUUACAUCAGACUCCAUCUCGAAUGUCUUCCAGAAUUAUAUACUGAAGCCGAAGCCCAGGGUCAUAUGAAUAACAUCGUUAAGUUAAUGAACGCAGUGCUAAAUGAUAGUAAUAAGACAUUGUCAGAAUUAAAAGAACUGGUUGUACCUAAACAAGAGAUUGUACCAGACACAAUUAAAGAUGAUGGAGAAGAAGAAGUUGGGGCCCGUUUCCUUAAAGAAACCAGUUUGGGUUAUGAUCAUUUGGUUUAUGCUAAAAUCACAUCUAUAUCUGGACGCCCAGAGAUUAAAUGGGCUUCAAUUGGUUACAGAGGAAGAUCAAAACCCAAAAAAUUCAAGUCUUUACCAUUGGCAGAAGUGCAUAAUGUUUAUCUUGCUGUAUAUAAAGGUUUCCGUACAGUUGUAUUUGAGACGAGGAAGAAGAAAUUUAUAUUUAAAUUUAUUGAUGGUGAUGAGAUAGCUGCCUUUACUCGGUGUUUGGAGAAUAAUCUAGAAGAACACCCGAGUAUGACAAAUGGAAAUGCUGAAAGUAUACAUGCCUGA